GACGUCAGCGGAAGUUUUAAAGGGAAGGGUCGUAUUUGUGUGCAGCGGCUAUUUUCUUUCCCUUCUUCCUUUUGUCUCCGCCUUGGACAAGCGAGGAGAGAGGGGCGUGAGACGGAGUCAGAACGUAGGGCGUCCCCUUUAAGGUUGUCUUAGAGACGGUUCGCCAAGUGAGAGCGAGGCUCAUUGACGUCAGGUCGGGCGGCGAUUGGCGGAGGGAGUUGGGUUUCCGGUGGGAGCGAUCGCUGAGGCAAAGGAGGCCACAGCUCGGGACAGCGGCUGGAGGAGGUAGAGACAGAGGGGGCCCGAGGAGAGGCCCAGGCAGGGAGUUGCUGUCCGGGCCCUGUGACCUGGGAAAAUGAGCUCCCAAUGAACUGUACUACCUUCGCACAGGAAGGAUGCAUCUUAGGGCUUUCCUGUUGCUUUUAUUUAUGGAAGUCACAGGGAAAUAACUUGAAAGAUGAUCAGGGUAAUACUGGGAUCAACACCCCUUCCUGUAAAUUCUGUGCAUACCUGUAGUUGUUGCUGUAAGCUGCAUCUCAAAUAGCAAAAAUGGCCACUGGUAGCACAAACAGUGAAGAGGAGCGUAGCCUCCGCGAAUGUGAACAGUAUGUCCAAAAACACAAUAUCCAACAACUUCUGAAGGAUUGCAUCGUCCAACUAUGUACAGUGCGACCUGAGAGACCCAUGGGAUUCCUUCGGGAAUACUUUGAAAGACUGGAGAAGGAAGAAACAAAACAGUUCAUGAGCCAGCAGAAAGCCAGCUCCCGUGCCGACUCACGUGAAGAUGAGAUUUCUCCACCCCCACCCAUGAACCCAGUGGUAAAGGGCCGCAGAAGGCGUGGUGCCAUCAGCGCAGAAGUUUACACAGAAGAGGAUGCUGCCUCUUAUGUCAGAAAGGUUAUUCCAAAAGAUUAUAAGACUAUGGCUGCAUUGGCAAAAGCCAUAGAGAAGAAUGUGCUUUUUGCUCAUCUUGAUGAUAAUGAAAGGAGUGAUAUUUUUGAUGCCAUGUUCCCAGUCACCUAUAUUGCUGGCGAGACUGUGAUACAGCAAGGUGAUGAAGGGGAUAACUUCUAUGUUGUUGAUCAAGGAGAAAUGGAUGUAUAUGUUAACAAUGAAUGGGCCACCAGUGUUGGGGAAGGGGGCAGCUUUGGAGAACUUGCACUGAUCUAUGGAACACCCCGAGCAGCAACUGUCAAAGCAAAAACUAAUGUGAAACUGUGGGGUAUUGAUAGAGACAGCUAUAGAAGAAUCCUUAUGGGUAGCACAUUGAGAAAGAGAAAGAUGUAUGAAGAAUUUCUUAGUAAAGUGUCAAUAUUAGAAUCCCUUGACAAAUGGGAGCGUCUCACAGUAGCUGAUGCUUUAGAGCCAGUACAAUUUGAAGAUGGACAAAAGAUUGUGGUGCAGGGAGAACCAGGAGAUGAGUUCUUCAUUAUACUAGAGGGUACAGCUGCUGUGUUACAACGCAGGUCAGAGCAUGAAGAAUUCGUUGAAGUGGGCAGACUUGCGCCAUCUGAUUAUUUUGGUGAAAUAGCUCUGUUGAUGAACCGUCCUCGUGCUGCCACCGUUGUUGCUCGUGGCCCAUUGAAAUGUGUAAAGCUCGACCGGCCCCGAUUUGAGCGUGUCUUGGGUCCAUGCUCGGAUAUUCUCAAGCGGAACAUCCAGCAGUACAACAGCUUUGUGUCUCUGUCUGUCUGAAGUCUCCCUUCUUCUCAAAUACAUGCUUCACAGAUGCAGACUGCUUUAUUACUCUUGUGCAGAGAGCCACAUGGCCACUGGCUAUUGCAGCUUCCUGUCAGUCUGAGGGAGGGGGAAAAAAGAAAUCACUUGCUUUUCGUGGCACCAUUUUAAAUUUUAGAGCAUUUAUUUUGGUGCUCCCAAUACCAUUUAAAAUAAAUAGAAAAUUGUAUGGCAACUUUUUGCUGUUACUGCUUCUCUCUGUGCAAUGUACAGUGUCCAACUAGAGCAGCGACUGCCAUUCCUUCUGCUGGGAAAAUCUCCUAGUGCCAUGGUUAUUGCCAUAGAUGUAACAUAAGGAUGUAACAGUGGAGAAUUUUUAAGAGGCACACCUUUCUCAGCUGGCGAGUCCUAUAUUUCUUUUAGGUUAUGGUCACUUUCUACUGUACUUCUUAGACAGAAAAACUUACCCUCUCAGCUCAACUUCUCAGCAUAAAUGUUCUGGAUAUGGUUAUCUUUGGUUUGGUUUACUGAGAUCAGUUCCUAGUAAAACUACAGUUAGAAGUUUGAUAGUUUGGUGCACCUGUAUGCAUUUCAGUUGGUUCAAGAUAACUUGGUUAUUGUUUGUCAGGUUUUUGUGUACAAGCCUUUUUUUUCCUGGCAGCUGCUGCCAGUGUUGCUGAUAUUCUUACCGCAGAGAACCUUUUUUGCAUGUUCUCAGUUGUGAAUAUUCAUAUUUGCCCCUUCUAUUAUUUUUUUCUGUGCAGUUUCUUAGCACUCAGCUGAUGGCUUAAACACCUAAAUAUUGGUGUUCACACUGGCAUAAGAAUUGCACUGCUCCCUAGCUGGUGCCAAAUAGUACACCCCAUGCAGUGUAUGUAGAAGAGGAAACUGAAGGAUGUGUCCUGCGUGUUUAGUCUUCUGUCUGCUCCUUCCAAGCGUUGCCUUUGGAACCAGAGAAUUCAAUGGUUCUGUUGGCAUUCAGUUCAGGAUGGACUACACAAUCCCUGUUAGAAAGAUGACAAGAAUCUGGCUCAUGUGAAAGGCUAAGCAGAAAAUCAGUGUCCUGUUUCUUGUUAACUGUUGUUGCUAAAUCUCUUUUGUCCAUGCAGAAGUUUUAGUAACUUCUAACCUUUUUCAAAUAUUUGGUCUGAACAACACUUCAUUUUGUCGCAUAUUCUCAUACUGGUCUGACAGAAUAAUUUAAGAAAGUUAACCCUGUUGUCAAGUCUGAAAUGUAUUUCAGUAUUUACCAGGUUUGUGUUACAAUAUUUUGUGUGCACCUUGUGCUGCCCUCUAGCUUUAUGGAAUUUCACAGGUGGAUAAUGUAUGGCAUUCAGUUUCCUUAAAACAUGUAAAUUAUCUUAAACUAGUGUAGGAUUUUAUUUGGGAGUGACAGCAAGUAUUUUGCAUUAGUUCUGCAACUGUUUCUUAUUGAUACCCCUGCCUCCGCCCAAUUCCCUCCCUGCUUUUUUCCAGAAACUGGACCUGGUAUACACCUUUCUGACUUGUUGGCUGCUGAGAAGAAAGUUUAAACAUGAUUAGCAGAGUCUGAGGAAUAGGAACCUUAGUAUAAUAAAACCCUGGGGGAGGGUAUUGAUAUGUCCUCAUUUCUAGAUACAGAUAAAAUGUAAAAUAUACAUUGUGAAUUACUUCUGUCUGUCCUCUAAAGACCUGGUGAGGAUAUCAGCCUGAAUUCUUCAGGAGUCCAUAAAUGCUAUUUUUCUCUAAGACUUCGUUCAGUUUGAAUCUAUCCAGGGAUUUUUUCCCCCUUAUACCCUUGUUAUUUUUGAAGCUUGAUUUGAUCCUUGUUAAAGCACCAAAAAGAUUUUAAAUCUUAUGUAAGCUAGUUAGAGCGCCACAAAAAUGCACAUUUUUUAUAUAAGGCUUUUUAAUCAAGUUUCACUACUGCGUCUUUUUAGCUUGCUGUUUACUCCCUUUUGUAGUUUUACCAACAAGAUUUUAAGAUAAACCAGCUAUGUCUGAGUUAAAUAUUAAUCACAGUUAAAGCUUUACCUUUGUGUGCAAUUUAAACAUGUUUGAAUCCACAGUUGGUAUGGUUUGCCUUAGCUAACAUUCAGGGCUUUAGAAGUAAUCUUUUUGCUAGGUCACCUUGGCAAAUUUAAAACGAACUAUUGCCCUGGAGUGCUAUAGUCAACCAGAGGACCAUUUUUGUAUUGUUACCUGACUAUAAGUCUGACUUACUGUAUGUGCUAAUAUAUUCCUUUUGUUAUAGAUUGUCCUAAUGGCAGGUAAAGCAAUAAAAUGAUUUAAAUUCUUAAA